CGCGCCCCCGGCCGCGAUGGAGGUGGAGCUCCCGGCCCGCGCCUCCUCCUCCCAAGCCAAGGCGAGGGAGACGCCGCCGCCCUCCUCGGCGGCUUCCGCCACCACCGCAUCACUCGCGGAGGACGCGCUGCUCCUCCCGGGCGAGGGCGUCGUGCGGCGGCGCGCGGUGAGGGAGCGGUUCGCGGCGCGCAGUCUCUCCUUCCGCCGGGACGUCGGCCACGCGGCCUCCGAGACCUUCCUCCUCACCCGGCUCACUCUCACCCUUCUCCGCUACCUCGGGAUAGGCUACAGAUGGAUUCGUCAGUUCCUAGCCCUCUGUUGUUAUGCUCUAUUGCUCAUGCCUGGUUUUAUUCAAGUUUUAUAUUAUUACUUCUUCUCAAGCCAAGUUCAUAGAAGUGUUGUAUAUGGAGAACAACCAAGAAACAGAUUGGAUUUGUAUAUACCAGCUGGCACCAGAGGGUUGAAGCCAGUUGUGGCAUUUGUCACUGGUGGGGCAUGGAUCAUAGGGUACAAAGGGUGGGGUGCCCUUUUAGGCAGACGCUUGGCAGAAAGGGGCAUCUUAGUUGCAUGCAUUGAUUACAGAAAUUUCCCUCAGGGGACUAUUGGUGACAUGGUAGAAGAUGUAUCCCAAGGAAUCUCAUUUGUCUGCAACAAUAUAGCUAGCUAUGGAGGUGAUCCAGAAAGGAUUUAUCUUGUUGGACAAUCUGCUGGUGCACAUAUUGCUGCUUGUACUCUCGUAAAUCAGGCUAUCAGAGAAUGUGGCGAAGAUACUUCCACUUGGAGUGUUGCGCAACUAAAAGCAUACUUUGGUAUUUCUGGCGGUUAUAAUCUUCUUAACUUGGUUGAUCAUUUCCAUAGGCGUGGUCUGUACCGGUCUGUCUUUCUCAGCAUUAUGGAAGGUGAGGAAUCAUUGAGGAAAUUUUCUCCAGAAGUGAUGGUUAAGGACGUAGCUGUUAGAUCCGCAGUUUCUCUAUUGCCUCGGAUUAUCCUUUUUCAUGGGACAAGUGACUGCUCAAUGCCUUCUGCUGAAAGUGAAGCAUUCCUUGACGCUUUACAACAGCGUGGUGCUAAAGCGGAUCUAUUCUUAUAUGAAGGAAAGACACACACUGAUUUAUUUCUUCAGGAUCCUCUUCGGGGCGGUAGGGAUAAGAUGCUGGAAGAGAUUGUCGCCGUGAUACAAAAUGACGAUCCAGGGGCGUCCGCGCAGCACCUUGCCGUGCCCAUUGCACGCCGUCUUGUUCCUGAAUUCAUGCUGAGGCUUGCUGGGAGAGUGAGCCCUUUCUGAACGUGGUGGUGAUUACUGGACACGACGACUAGCGAGGCAAUUUACUGCAAGAACCAUAUACUUACUAGUUAGCUACAGAAUUCGUUUGGUGGCCCGCUGCACUGUUAAUUAACCAGAGAUGUAUCUCGCUGUUCUGUAUGAGUUGUGUAAAGGCAGACCUUACUGUAGAUGACUGCCACUGCGGUAUACUUGUAUUGUAUCUCAGUGUAUAGUAUGGCUCAUUAUUUUCUUAGCUCUUGAGCCUCGCAUUGUAUCUUGUGUAAUUGGAACAAAGGCCAGCCUGUGGUUGAUAUCGACUGUGAAACCUAGUUUGUUAUGGAAA